UACUUCUCUCUCUCUUUCUCUCUCAAUUCCACGUUACCUUCUGAUCUCUCUUCCUCUCCUCAUCUUCUACAUUACUCUCGGAAAUCAGAGAAAUGUGAGGGGGAAAAGAGAAGAAAAUAUUAGAGCUUUCUAAGUUUCCUAUCGAUGAAAUAUUGGCCUUUGUUUUAAAUCUGAUAACUUGAAUCUCUGCAAAAUAAUUUUGCCACUGAUGAUUAGGAUGGAAGUGGAUAACAAGUUGUUCAAUAUGGGUCUUCUCAUUGUGGCCACUCUAGUGGUGGCAAAGCUUAUUUCUGCGCUUAUAGUGCCUAGAUCGAGAAAACGUCUCCCUCCAGUUGUUAAGUCAUGGCCUGUGAUCGGUGGGCUUAUCCGCUUCAUGAAAGGUCCUAUUCUGAUGCUGAGGGAGGAGUACCCAAAGCUUGGAAGUGUAUUCACAUUGACUCUGGUUAACAAGAAGAUUACUUUCUUUAUCGGUCCCGAGGUUUCCUCACACUUCUUUAAAGCCUCCGAGUCUGAUCUUAGCCAGCAGGAGGUGUACCAGUUCAAUGUGCCAACUUUUGGUCCUGGAGUAGUAUUUGAUGUCGAUUACUCAGUGCGGCAAGAGCAGUUUCGGUUCUUCACAGAGUCCCUGAGAGUGAAUAAACUGAAGGGAUAUGUGGAUCAGAUGGUUGCAGAAGCUGAGGACUACUUCUCAAAAUGGGGAGACAGUGGUGAGGUGGAUAUAAAGUAUGAACUGGAGCAUCUGAUCAUUUUGACAGCCAGUAGAUGUCUCUUGGGCCGAGAAGUUCGCGAUAAGCUCUUUGAUGAUGUUUCUGCCUUGUUCCAUGACCUUGACAAUGGAAUGCUUCCCAUCAGUGUUAUCUUCCCAUACCUGCCCAUUCCUGCUCACCGACGCCGCGACCGGGCCCGCAAGAAGCUUGCAGAAAUCUUUGCAAAAAUCAUAGCCUCCCGCAAAUGUGCUGGCAAGUCGGAGAAUGACAUGCUGCAGUGCUUCAUUGACUCAAAGUAUAAAGAUGGCCGCCCGACAACUGAGGCAGAGAUCACUGGUCUGUUGAUUGCUGCUCUAUUUGCUGGUCAGCACACCAGUUCCAUCACCUCCACUUGGACUGGGGCGUAUCUCCUCCGUCACAAGGAGUACCUAUCCGCUGUAUUGGAAGAGCAGAAGAACCUGAUGGGAAAGCAUGGGAAUAAGGUUGAUCAUGAUAUCUUGUCUGAGAUGGACGUCCUGUAUCGGUGCAUUAAGGAAGCCUUAAGGCUCCACCCCCCGCUGAUUUUGCUGCUACGUAGCUCGCAUAGUGAUUUUAGUGUGACAACCCGAGAUGGUAAAGAAUAUGACAUCCCAAAGGGCAACAUAGUUGCCACAUCACCAGCUUUUGCAAACCGCCUUCCUCAUAUUUAUAAGGAUCCAGACAGGUAUGAUCCUGACAGAUUUGCCAUUGGGAGAGAAGAGGACAAGGCUGCAGGGGCAUUCUCAUAUAUUUCAUUUGGAGGUGGCAGGCAUGGUUGCCUUGGUGAGCCUUUUGCAUACCUGCAAAUAAAGGCAAUAUGGAGCAAUUUGCUAAGGAAUUUUGAGCUGGAGCUUGUGUCACCUUUUCCUGAGAUUGAUUGGAAUGCCAUGGUUGUGGGUGUGAAGGGGAAGGUUAUGGUACGUUACAAGCGGCGGAAGCUUUGUGUAAAUUAAUCUAAGGUGACCGGCAAGUCUAAAUUAAUUACUCGAUCUUUGGGAUUUUAUUGCGGCAUCCUGUAUGCAUCUACACCCUCAAGUCGAAGUUUCAUUUAUCUGUGUUUCUAGAUAGGUCUUGCUCUCGAUUGUUGAAUUGUGACCUUCGUUAGUUUCAUGUAUUUUAUGGUGAUUUAUGUAGCUUUUAAUGAUGCUUUGGUCUUGUUUGAGUUCUAAA